AUGAGCAGGUGUCUGAUCUCAAAGGCGGAGGUGCAGAGUUUCGUGCAGCGCUGUAUGGAGGCUGUGGGUACGAAGCCGCAUCACGCUCAGAGUUUGGCAGAAGUGUUGGUGGAGGGCGACCACCGGGGGCACUACAGCCACGGCCUCAACCGCAUGGACAUGUAUGUGAAGGAUGUCCAGUCUGGGAUCUGCUCCGUAGUCGGGGAGCCGCUGGUGGAGAAGGAGACUGUAGCCACGGCUCUGGUGGACGGUCAGAACCUUCUUGGUCCAGUCGUCGGAAACUUCUGCAUGAAGCUGGCGCUGAAGAAGGCCAAGGAGGCGGGCAUCGGCUGGGUGGUCGCCCGCGGCUCCAAUCACUAUGGAAUCGCAGGAUACUACUCAAUGCAAGCGCUGAAGGAGAACAUGAUUGGUAUGUCGUUCACCAACACGUCUCCUCUGGUCGUUCCGACUCGUGGAAAAGAGUGCACUCUGGGCACUAAUCCCAUCAGUGUCGCGGCUCCUGCAAACAACGGAGACAGCUUCGUCCUGGACAUGGCAACCUCUGCUGUGGCCCUGGGCAAGAUUGAGCUCCAUCACCGCAGAGGAGAAGAGAUCCCGAUUGGUUGGGGCCAAGACUCUGACGGGAAACUCACUCCGGAUCCUUCUCAGGUCCUGAGCGGAGGAGGUCUGGUGCCAAUCGGGGGCUGCGAGGCCACAGGAGGGUAUAAAGGGUACGGUCUGGGGAUGAUGGUGGAGGUCUUCUGUGGGGUCUUGGCCGGGGCUGAGUUCAGUAACAGAGUCCGGACCUGGAAAGUCACAGAUAAAGAGGCCAACCUGGGUCAGUGCUUCGUGGCCAUAGACCCGUCAGCCUUUGCUCCUGGCUUCACAGACAGAAUGUCUGAGCUGCUGUUGAUCCAGAGGAACCUGGAUCCUGCGGAGGCGGGGGCUCCGGUCUUGACUGCCGGAGACCCAGAGAGAGAAAACAUUAGGAAGUGUGACAAGCUCGGAGGCAUCCCCUACCACCUGAACGUGGUCACACACAUGGGUCUGUGA